GGCCCAGCCACUCGCCCGGGCUGCGCGCCGGGACGCGCCACCAGCGCCAACGCCACGGCCGCCGCCACCCCCGCGCGCGGGGCGCCCCGACGGAAGGUGUGCCCGGGCCGGAGCUGGCUGUCAUCAUCAGAGGCACCCCUGAAGCCGCGUGUGUCCUGGACACAGCACCAGGGGGGCCAGGCCCUGGGGAGGGGCGCCCCAUGGACCCCACGCAGCCUCAGCACCUGGGGGUGACGCCGUAGGAGGCCACUGCUGUCCCCGCCUUCCUCCGAGAAGAAAGAAGCUGAGACGCGACCCCCCCCGCCCAGCCCACCCCGACCCCUCCAGGCCCCGCGUGGGCCCAUGGCCCGGCCGCUGUGACCCCCCCGUGAGCCAAUGCCGAGCGCCCAAGGGGCUGCCGGGGCCCCCACCAUGAGCCUGGGCAAGCUGUCCCCCGUGGGCUGGGCGUCCAGCUCCCAGGGCAAGAGGCGACUGACCGCGGACAUGAUCAGCCCCCCACUCGGGGACUUCCGUCACACCAUGCACGUGGGACGCGGCGGGGACGUCUUCGGGGACACGUCCUUCCUCAGCAACCACGGCGGCAGCGGCGGCGGCGGGGCGGGGGGCACCCACCGCUCCCCCCGUAGCUUUCUGGCCAGGAAGCUGCAGCAGGUGCGGCGGGCGGGGGCACCACCCCGCCGUGUGGGCUCGCCGCCCGCCCCAUCGCCCGCGCCGCCCGCUGUGUCACCCAUCAUCAAGAACGCGAUCUCCCUGCCCCAGCUCAACCAGGCCACCUACGACAGCCUGGUGGUGGGCCAGAUCAGCUUCGACGCCGGCUCCGCCAGCUCCACGGACGGUCACUCGGCUUACGGCCUGGACUCGGGCUUCUGCACCAUCUCCCGCCUGCCCCCCCAGGACAAGGCCCGCGAGCGCGAGCGGGAGCGGGAGGGGGGCUUCGGCCCGGAGCCCCCCGCGCUGCGCCGCUCCGACUCGCUCCUGUCCUUCCGCCUGGACCUAGACCUCGGCCCCUCGCUGCUCAGCGAGCUGCUGGGGGUCAUGAGCCUCUCCGGAGCCCCCACCGCCACCGCCGCCGAGACCCCCAACCCCGGCCCCGCGCCCCCCGCCGCCUGCCCCCCGACCCCCGCCACCCGCGGACGCUGCCUCAACGGGGUCAGCGCGGGUUCGGGCCCCGGGGUCGGCGCCAAGGCCCCAGCGGAGGGAGCCGAAGGCCCCCGAACCCCCGCUGAAGUGGGGGGAGCCCCCAGCCGGCACUGGGGGGCGGGCUGGGGGUCCGGCAGCCAACACCCCGCUGGGCCGCCCCGGGCGGGGGGCUCCUGGGAGAGCCUGGACGGAGAGUGGGGGUCCCCGCGGGGCGCGGGCAGGCCCCCGGCAGUGCCGCACGCCGUGCAGGCCAGCUCCUUCGCAUUUGCUGAUGCUGAGGACGAAGACGAUGAGGUGAAGGUCUAGGGGCGCAGGGGUGCAGGCAGACUGAGGGGGGAGAUGCCAGGGUCCCCGGGUGCCCCCUGUGGACCCCGCUGGGUGACCUGCUCCCACUCACCGCCACUGCCCCCACUCACAGCACCACCUCCCUUUGCCGUGGGCCCAGCAUCACAGAACCGGCUUUGUGUCCGGUGGCCCUGGCAGGGGGGACGAGGGGUGGGGUGGGGGCGGGAGCCAAUUAUACAGUGGCUUUGUCUCCCUCCCUGCAGGCCCCCACCGCGAGCCCCCCCAGAACCCAGGCCCCGACACCCCCUCACACACACACUUGUUCCCGAAGCCUUAGAGGAAAGUCAGGGCGGGCUUCAGGACAGGCCCUACUUCCUGCCACCCGGAGCUGCCUUGGGUCCUGCUCAUAAAGGCUUUUUGAUAAAAAACAAAACAAAACCAAAAAAAA